UGCCUCUCUAUCUCAUCUUCCUUUCUCUGAAUACAAAAAGUAUCAUCUUCAGCCAUGUCGGUCGUUACCAAAGUGUUUGCUCGUCAGAUCUUUGACUCUAGAGGCAACCCUACAGUAGAGGUUGACCUCUACACCGAAAAGGGCAUGUUCCGUGCCCAAGUGCCCUCUGGUGCUUCCACAGGUGCUCACGAAGCCGUCGAACUUCGUGACAAAGGGAAGGACUACAUGGGUAAAGGUGUCCUCAAAGCCGUCGAGAAUGUCAACAAAAUUCUCGGCCCCGCUUUGAUCGAGUCCAAGCUCCCUGUUACGUCUCAGAAGGACAUCGACGAUCUUCUCAUCAAGACCGAUGGGACGGACAACAAGGGAAAAUUGGGUGCUAAUGCGCUCCUUGGUGUCUCCAUGACUGUAUCUCAAGCUGCCGCGGCCGAGAAAGGUCUUCCCCUCUACAAGUACCUUGCCUCCCUUGCUGGUGUGACCGAUUUCGUCAUGCCCUGCCCCUCGUUCAACGUCAUUAACGGUGGAUCCCACGCCGGUAAUGCUCUUGCCUUCCAGGAGUUCAUGAUUCUCCCCACUGGCGCUUCAUCCUUCACCGAGGCCAUGAAAAUGGGUACAGAGACAUACCACACUCUUAAGAAAGUUAUCAUUGCCAAAUUUGGCAUUGAUGCCGCUAAUGUCGGUGACGAGGGUGGUUUCGCCCCCAACGUUUCCGGUGCCGAGGAGUCUCUCGACCUUUUGACCGAGGCCAUUGAGAAAGCUGGUUACACCGGAAAGGUCCAAAUCGGUCUCGAUGUCGCUUCUUCUGAGUUCUACAAGGACGGAAAAUACGACCUUGAUUUCAAGAACCCCAACUCGGACUCUUCCAAAUGGCUCACCGAUGACCAGCUCGCUGAGCUCUACCAGAGCUACUUUGCCAAGUACGAUAUCUGCACCAUUGAGGAUCCCUUCCACGAGGAUGACUGGCCCGCAUGGUCCAAGUUCAUCCCUGACCUCAAGAUCCAAUGUGUCGGUGACGACUUGCUGGUAACCAACCCUCUCCGCAUCAAGACCGCCAUCGAGAAGAAAGCGUGCAACGGUCUUUUACUCAAGAUCAACCAGAUCGGUACCAUCACCGAGUCCAUUCAAGCUGUACAGCUUGCUCAAUCUAACGGCUGGGGUGUCAUGACCUCUCACCGAUCCGGAGAGACGGAAUCGACUUACAUCGCCGACUUGUCGGUGGCCCUCAAGACUGGACAGAUCAAGACUGGUGCUCCAUGCCGUUCCGAGCGUAUGGCCAAGUACAACCAGCUUCUCCGUAUCGAGGAAGAGCUCGGUGAGGGUGUCGUGUAUGCAGGCAGCAAGGGGUUGUCCGCUGGACCCACAGCCCCUGCUCUUCACUCGGAGUAAGCAAUAAGUAUCGUGAAUGUUUAUAGAGUGGUGAACGAGAUCAAAAAAGGAAGAGGAUGGCGCAGAGGAGCAAUGCAUCAUGAUGAACAAGUCA